ACAACUUUAGAGGAUCUUGAAAAGAUAGAAAAAAAUGAUGAAAUUCUAGAUACAACAAAAGAAAAUUUAUUUACUGAUAAUAAUAAUAUAGACAUAGAAUUUUUAAAUGCACCAGUAGAAGAAUUAAUUAACAGAACAAAAUUGCUUGAAAAUGAUAUAAAGGAAAGCAUUGAUGAGAAAUAUCUAUUAUUAUUUAAUUAAUACUAUUCAGGUUAUGCGUUCAGAAUAUCAGCGACUUAUUCAUGAACAAAAAACUAUGGAGGAAAAAAUUAAAGAUAACGAAGAAAAAAUCAAGAACAACAAACAGUUGCCAUAUCUUGUAGGAAAUGUAAUCGAGGUUUUAGAUAUGGAUCCUACAACUGAAACAGAAGAAGGUGCAAAUGUCGAUUUAGAUGCAACAAGAAAAGGAAAGUCAGCUGUUAUUAAAACUUCGACACGUCAAACCAUAUUUCUUCCUCUUAUAGGUCUUAUAGACUCAGAAAAUCUUAAACCAGGAGAUCUUAUCGGUGUUAAUAAAGAUUCAUAUUUAAUUCUUGAUACAUUACCACCUGAAUAUGAUAGUAGGGUCAAAGCUAUGGAAGUUGAUGAAAAACCUAUGGAAACUUAUUCGGAUAUCGGAGGUCUAGAUAAACAAAUAGAAGAACUUGUUGAAGCAGUUGUUUUACCUAUGAAACAGGCAGAUAAAUUUAAAUCUUUGGGUAUUCGACCACCAAAAGGGGCAUUAAUGUAUGGUCCACCGGGUACAGGAAAAACCUUAUUAGCUAGAGCAUGUGCUGCUCAAACAAAUGCAACAUUUUUGAAACUUGCUGCUCCUCAACUCGUUCAAAUGUUUAUUGGUGAUGGUGCAAAAUUAGUUAGAGAUGCAUUUUCUCUAGCAAAAGAGAAAGCUCCAGCUAUUAUUUUUAUAGAUGAACUAGAUGCCAUUGGAACAAAGCGUUUCGAUUCAGAUAAAUCCGGCGAUAGAGAAGUUCAAAGAACUAUGCUUGAGCUGCUGAACCAAUUAGAUGGAUUUAGUAGUGAUGAAAGAGUCAAAGUUCUAGCAGCAACUAAUCGUGUCGAUACUCUUGAUCCAGCAUUAUUACGAAGUGGAAGAUUAGAUAGAAAAAUAGAAUUUCCUUUGCCAAAUGAGGAAGCAAGGGCAGGAAUCUUACAAAUUCAUUCAAGAAAAAUGACGAUUGAUAAUCAAAUUAACUGGAAUGAACUAGCGCGAAGUACUGAUGAAUACAACGGAGCUAUGUUAAAAAGCGUAUGUGUAGAAGCGGGGAUGAUAGCUUUAAGACAGGGAGAAACUAAAAUAAAUCAUGAACAUUUUGCAGAUGCAGUUAACGAAGUUAUGAUGAGAAAGAAAACUAUAAGUAAUUUCUAUGCAUAA